GAUGAGACAGGGGCGUAUUUGAUUGAUAGAGACCCCACGUAUUUUGGUCCAAUACUGAACUACCUCCGACAUGGGAAGCUCAUCAUAAACAAGGAGCUUGCAGAAGAAGGGGUACUGGAAGAAGCAGAGUUUUACAAUAUUGCAUCUCUUGUGCGGCUGGUGAAGGAGCGGAUACGGGAUAACGAGAACAGAACCUCUCAAGGACCUGUGAAGCAUGUGUACAGAGUCCUGCAGUGUCAAGAGGAGGAGCUCACACAGAUGGUGUCCACUAUGUCCGACGGGUGGAAAUUUGAACAGCUGAUCAGCAUUGGAUCUUCCUAUAACUAUGGAAAUGAAGACCAGGCAGAAUUCCUCUGCGUUGUGUCCAGGGAGCUUAACAAUUCUACCAACGGCAUUGUCAAGGAGCCGAGUGAGAAGGCAAAGAUUCUUCAAGAGCGAGGAUCCCGGAUGUAA